UGCGUCCGAGUUCUUCCAUCAACCACUUCACCAAAAACCACCAUGUCGGGCAUCGGGUCUUUCAUCACCUCGCUCUUCACCCCCACGCACGCCGACUCGGAGGAGAAGCCCGAGGCUGCGGCCCCGGCUGAGGAGGCCAAGGAGGAGGCCGAAGAAGAGGAGGAGGAACCCGAAGAUGCUCACCCCGCUAUCCGUGAGGCAUGCAUGUCGCGUCCCGAGUGUGCACCUGCCAAGCACCACUUUGAAAAGUGCCAGGAGAAAGUCCAGGCUGGUGAAGGCUUCAAGGGGGAGGACUGUGUAGAGGAAAUGUGUAAGUCGCCAGUCUAAGUGCUCCGCUGUUUCCCGUCUGAUGCUCGCUCUUUCCGUUACCUUGUUUAGUCCACAUGAUGCAUUGCUCUGAGGCUUGCGCUGCUCCCCAGGUCUUCUCCAAACUGCGCUAAAUUAGAGCAGUGCGUAGGAGCUAGACAUACUUCGAUAUUGCAUGUACACGGUGAAUCAACAUCGACUUUGCACUCGGUCUGCGCCUGUCUCCUGCUUCGGACGAGGCUCGUACUCUCGACAUUAUUGGAACAACUUUGGGCUCCGCCAUUCCAACCCUUCCUCGCCUAGACCUUAGAUCACCUGUGGUAGAAUUGAGCUGCCGCGAAUUAUAUUCUUUCUGAUUGUUGUCUGGAAUCCUGAAUUGCG